AAUUUCUAUAGAGAUUGGUAGAGAUUAUAAUCAGCCUUGUUAAAAGUCAAAUAUCAGGUUAUCUUUUUUGGUUAUUCAGGAAUAUGAAAAGAAAGAGACAAACUUUUAGCACCAUGGCAUCACAAUUUUGGGAUAGAAAUUUUCUAAUGUAAGUAAGAAGCUGAUUUAUCGAUGUUCCAUUCCUGUCGAGGAAGAGAAAUCUUUCAAAUUAUUUGCCAUUCAUCAUUCUUCCUACAUAUUAUCGAUUGAGCACACCCUGAGUUCCGUUGUUGAAGCUUUGAUAAUUCAUGAAGUUUUGAGAACGUUCUUGUCGUGUUUAGCUCAAAACACAAAGGAAAUUACCAUCUUCUGAUCACAUUGCUGAAGCUUUGUGCUGGGAUGGAUGAAGAUUUAGUUGUGCAUAAUGGCGGAUGCCACUGUGGAAGAGUAAGAUGGCAAGUCCAAGCGCCGAGUAGUGUUGUAGCUUGGAAAUGCAACUGUUCUGACUGCUCAAUGAGAGCCAAUGUUCACUUCAUCGUUCCUUCUCGAAGGUUUGAGCUUUUGGGAGAUUCCAAAGAGCUUCUUACGACAUACACGUUUGGCACAAAUACAGCGAAGCACACAUUCUGUAAGGUCUGUGGCAUCACUUCAUUCUAUAUUCCACGGUCAAAUCCAGAUGGAAUUGCAAUUACAUUCAGGUGCGUGGACCAGGGGACGCUAUCCCAUGUUGAGAUUAAGUUUAAUGAUGGAAAGAAUUGGGAGAGUUCAUAUAAUCAAUCUGGAAUUGCUUCCUGCUCAGUAUGAAUCUACAUUUCAAGUAAAUUGAUUCUAGUCAUGAAUGGGAUAAAUAAAAAUAUCAAUACAAUAGCUAAAUCUCAUUCCUACAAGAAGUUAUCAAUGUUUACUACGCGGACGAAGAUUGUAUCUUGUUGUAAUUGAAGAAGUUGUGAUAAAAUUCUCUCCAACUUCUUCUGGAAUACUAUCCGAAAUCAAAUAAUUGGGGUCUUCAAAAUCA